AGAGUAGUCGUUUUUCGUCUGCGAUAAACAAAAAAUCCCGAAAAAGAAAUCUUUUGGAGUCGAAAAUAUGGCUUCCAUUACUAGAUUUAGGGCAUGUGAUCAUCUUUUAAACUUGAAUAUAUUUAGAAGCUCUUUCAAGAAAAAUGGAAUGCUUAAUGCUUUAUGGUUUCAUACGACACCUCGAAGACUUGUUGUUGAGUUGAAGAUGCCAUCCUUGUCCCCGACGAUGACAUCGGGUACGAUUGUGAAUUGGCAUAAAAAAGAAGGGGAUACAGUAAAUCCAGGUGAUGUCCUGUGUGAAAUUCAAACUGACAAGGCUGUGAUGGCUUUUGAAACAGAAGAAGAAGGGACUCUUGCAAAAAUAUUUAUUGGAGAUGAUUCACAUGACGUGCAAGUAGGGUCGCUCAUUGCGCUUCUGGCAGAACCAGGAGAAGAUUGGAAAAAUGCAACUUGUUCUGAUACACCAAAAGUUGCAAGUGAAAAACCAAAGAAUCCUCCCAAACCGAAUUGUGAAGUCUCGAGCUCAGAGCACCAGGAUAAGAGAAAUUCCAAACGAGCCAUGACGUUGGGCCCUGCCGUAAGAAACUUGCUGGUAAGGUAUGGACUAUCCCCUAUUGCAAUUCUUGGCUCUGGUCCACGUGGUCUCCUCCUCAAAGGAGAUGUUUUACAUCACAUUCAAAAAGAAAACUUAAAACCGGUUCCUAUUUCCUCUGCUGCAGAACCCAAAAUCUCAUCAAAGGCCAUUGUCACGGAACCAAAGAAAUCUGAUCUUCAAAAGGGCACUAUAAAAAAAAUCCAGAAUCUUACACACGAACAAGAAUAUCAAGAUCUGGAACUCUCAAGCAUGAGACGUACAAUCGCUAAGCGUCUAACAGCAUCCAAAACCGGAAUACCCCAUGCUUAUAGCACGAUUAAUUGCAAGGUUGGUACUGUUAUGAAUCUUCGACAGAAGUUUAAAAACGAAGGAAUCAAGUUUUCCAUCAACGACAUUAUCAUCAAAGCGGUCGCCACUGCAUUGGAUUUGUGCCCAGAAGCCAAUGUUAUUUGGCAAGGAGAUCAGCUUGUACAACCUACAAAUGUUGAUAUAUCCGUAGCCGUAGCCACAAAUUCUGGUUUAAUAACGCCGAUAGUGACCGAUGUCCUUGGCCGAGGUGUAUUAGAAAUCGGGGACAUGGUACGGGACCUUGCCGAAAGAGCGCGUGGAGGAAAGCUUCAGCUUCACGAAUUUCAAGGAGGAUCUUUCACGAUUUCCAAUCUGGGGAUGUACGGUGUUAGCGAGUUUAGCGCCAUUAUCAAUCCACCACAAUGCGCAAUAUUGGCCGUGGGUGGAAGCCGUUUAGAACUUGGUGAUGACGGCAAGCCGGCGAUGGUCAUGAGUGCAACCUUAUCAUAUGAUGGAGAGGCCAUAUCUCCUGUGGCAGCUGCAACUUUCAUGUCCACUCUACAACGUUUAUUGGAGUCACCCCAAAGUCUGCUCUUGGGUCAUCGUUCACUUCCAGAAUAAAGACUGGAAGCACUCGAUUCCCAUUAGAAACUGAAAUUAAUUUUUUUUUUUUUUUUUUUUUUUUUUUUUUAGAAAUGUAAUUACUGUAAUUGUUGAGUGUGAAUAACAGAAAUUAGAUGUAGAAUCGAUAUAGGAAUGUUAAAUAGAAACAUUUCAUUCUUGAA